AUGGACUUCGAACAGCCGCAUCCCGGGCACACACCCGCCGCCGGAGACGUUGCCGCCGUUGGCUUUCCCUAUCAGUUCUUGUGUCAGCAGCCCAUCCCACCUGAGUGCCUAAGCCGAUACUCCACCCUUAGUGAGGCACUCGGAUCGCCGCAAGCCUCUCUGGAGGAUAUCUCGCUGGUCGAGGAAGGAGCGGUUUCCCCUGCACCAAGCGAUCAGACAUGUUCAGACAUGCCAAACGACGAGUCAGCGAGCCUUGUGGGGGGUCCCUAUCCGUCGUUGUGGCAGGGCACCAUCUUAAGCGAAUUUUCCGCCCUCGCUGGUGCACUCGGAUCGCCGCACGUACAGGAGGCCUCUCCGGAGGGUAUCUUGCCGUUCGAGGAAGCAACGCUCUCCGUUGCACCAAGCGAUCAGACAUGUUCAUACAUGUCGGGCAACGAGUCAGCGGAGCCUGUGGGGGGUCCCUUCCAGCGAUACGAGCCUGUGGUUCAGUACAAGUACCGCGAUGGAGGAGGAGUGGCAAGAUCGCCCACCGCAGUCGACUAUUGUGUGGGCACCCUUGAUUUCCUGCCCCUCGGCAAGUACCUCCUAGAGGGGAUCCAAUUCAUGUUGGAUGGGAAUUCACGGGCCUGGGGGGAUAUGAAUGAACACCAUAAGCCGUCAUUUCGCAUAAAUUGGCAAGACCCUACGGGCGACUGCAAGUACUCCCCGUUCAGCACGCAGCGCAAUAUUCCCAAAGGGAUCACUAAAGCUGAGCUGGCUCGGAAGAUCAACGAGUGGAUAGGCGAGUUUAUCGAACGCGCGCACCCGGAAACAUUCGCCAACGCAGCCUGGAGGGUUGGCGACGGCUAUAUCACGAACGACCACAUUGGCCUCCGCUCCGUCCGAUACGUCAGUUCGGGCACCCUUGUGGCCGACAUCGUGGUCUUCAGAUGA